AUGGGAGAAGCUCCCAAGUCAUCCACCAUGGCGCAAGCUCUACAGGUUGUGGACAUUGCUGACGGCUGGACCUUCAAGCAGACAGACGCAGAAGAGUGGAUGCCAGUGUCUCAUUUUCCUACUAAUGUCCAUCUGGAUUUAAUGCAUAACAAGAAGAUAGAAGAUCCGUUCCUUGGCUUCAAUGAGCUCAAAUGUGAAUGGGUCGGCGAGCAAGCAUGGAGCUACAGAGUGAAGAUCCCGUCUGCAUCGGUUGCAAGUAGCGGCGUCAAGCAUAUCCUUGCUUUCGAUGGCUUGGAUACAUUCGCCACAGUCAAGCUCAACGAUAAGAUCAUCCUAGAGAGCGACAACAUGUGGAUUAUGCACCGCGUGGAUGUGACAGAUCUCUUAUCCUCGGACAAAGAGAGUACUUUGGAGAUUGACUUCAAGUCUGCAUUACUAGAAGCACGCAAGAUCAAGGAUGCCCAUCCCGAACACAAAUGGGUAGGCUUCAAUGGAGAUAUGGCCCGACUGGCGGUUCGGAAAGCUCAGUAUCACUGGGGCUGGGACUGGGGCCCAGUGCUCAAUACUUGUGGUCCGUGGAAAGCAGUCCGUCUUGAGACCUAUCAAGCGCGCGUGGAUGAUUUGCGGGUGGACUACGAGGUCAACAGCACUUUCGACAAGGUCAGUGGUACCAUUGUUGCAACCAUCGAGGGUGGAUCUGGCAAGACUGUGGAGUUCACUGCCUCACUGAAGGGAGAACGAGUCUUCAAGCACAGCGCAGAGGUAGGGUCGGACGGGUUGGCCAAGGUGGAAUUUCACAUCAACAAGCCAAAGUUAUGGUACCCGCAUGGAUACGGAGCGCAAGCACUCUAUGACAUUUCUGCAACCGUCACGACUGGAGAACACAAGCUCCACACACUGUCAAAACGUACAGGAUUCCGCAAAGGAGAGCUGAUACAGGAGCCAGACGAAGUUGGAAAGACAUUCUUCUUCCGCUUCAAUGGCGUUGAUGUGUUCUGUGGAGGUUCAGACUGGAUCCCUGCUGACAAUUUCACACCUCGCAUCACCAAUGAGAAGUACAGGAAGUGGAUUCAGAUGAUGGUCGAUGGGCAUCAAGUAAUGAUUCGCGUCUGGGGUGGCGGUAUCUGGGAAGAAGACGUCUUCUAUGACACCUGCGAUGAGCUGGGUGUACUUGUGUGGCAAGACUUCAUGUUCGGCUGCGGAAACUAUCCGUGUUUUCCAGAGAUACUCAAAUCGAUCGAGGACGAAUGCGUAUGCCAGACGAAGCGACUGCGACACCACCCUUCACUGGCAAUAUAUGCCGGCAACAACGAGGACUACCAGGUGCAGGAACAGACGGGCUUGACAUACGAUUAUGAAGACAAGGACCCGGAAAGUUGGCUCAAGACCGACUUCCCAGCACGCUACAUAUACGAGAAGCUACUCCCGGACGUGGUCGCUGCGCACACACCACAUGUGCCUUAUCACCCUGGCUCGCCAUGGGGUGAUGGCAAGAUCUCCUCAGAUCCAACGGUGGGCGACAUGCAUCAGUGGAACGUAUGGCAUGGUACUCAGGAGAAAUACCAGAUCUACGAUACCCUGGGUGGUCGUUUUAACAGUGAAUUUGGCAUGGAAGCAUUCCCGCACAUCGACACCAUCAAGUGGUAUGUGACCGAUCCAACACAGCUGUAUCCACAGAGCCACAUGAUCGACUUCCACAACAAAGCCGAUGGCCACGAACGCAGAAUAGCAACAUACCUCGUCGAGAACUUCCGCACUCAGACCGACCUCGAGAAGUACAUCCACCUGACCCAGCUCAGCCAAGCUGAAGCCAUGAUGUUUGGCUACCGGGGCUGGCGGCAACGUUGGGGUCAGAAGCGCUUCUGCGGCGGCGCAUUACUGUGGCAGCUGAACGACUGUUGGCCGGUGACUUCCUGGUCAAUAGUCGAUUACUUCUUGCGAAAGAAGCCCGCAUACUACGCUGUACGCAGAGUACUAGCACCAAUUGCCGUCGCCGUCAAACGCGCGCAUCACGACUGGAGUGUAGUCCACGCGCGGCCUGCUAAGAGCCUCGACUACGAGUGCUGGGUCGCAAGCUCCAAGACUACGGAAGUAACUGCCACGGUGGAGCUCCGUUUCAUCAGUAUCGCUACUGGCAAGGACAUCAAGGCGAAGGUGGUGAAGAAGGAUGUCAAGAUCACUGCCAAUGGCACGACCGAGAUUCUCAAAGGCACCAUCGACAACGUCCAGGAAGAACCACAUGUCCUGGCCGCGAGAAUUUGGGUUGAAGAGGAGCUCGUAUCUCGCGAUGUGGACUGGCCUCAACCACUGAAGUACCUGGACUUCCGCGAACGGGAUCUGGAAGUCGUGCCAGAGGGCGGCAAGAUCACGAUCAGAGCUGGGAAGCCGACCAAAGGGGUAGUCUUUGAGGAGCGAGAAGGCAUUUUGGUCAACGACAGUGCUCUUGACAUCGUUCCCGGUGAUGAACAAGUAGUGUCGGUUACAGGUCUGGGACCAAACGACCAUUCCUUAAACUGGACGUAUCUUGGCGCGCCUUGA